CAAUUUGAACAACAACCUGAGUCAACUCACCCAGCAGUAUCAGAUGAAGAACAGUGACAGCCCGACUAACUUUUCCGGUAAGAGGAGUUGGAGCAAGAUGGUGAAGGAGGAGGAUGGUCUGCUGAUUCCUGAUGCGAAACGAAGUCAGAGUAAUGGUGGGCAUUUGGUGCAGGUCAAGGAGGAGGAUGGGCAGUUUGUUUGUGAUCAGUGCGAUAAGGCGUUUUCGAAACAGAGCUCGUUGGCGAGGCAUAAAUAUGAACAUUCAGGUCAAAGGCCCUACAAGUGUGUCGAGUGCCCUAAGGCAUUCAAGCACAAACACCACCUCACAGAGCACAAACGUCUGCACAGCGGAGAGAAACCCUUUCAAUGUUGCAAAUGUUUGAAAAGGUUCUCGCACUCUGGCUCAUACAGCCAGCACAUGAACCAUCGCUAUUCGUACUGCAAACCAUACCGAGAGUAAGAACCAGAUAUCCAGGUUGCGAACCGGCGGGUACCGAGCGGGCGGAACAUGAACUAAUAAUGGACUUAACAGAACGCAAGUACUUAAUUUUUUAAGUUUUAUCGACUCGGUAUCGCGGUAAAGUACAUAAAUAUUAAAUAUAUAUUAAUUAAAAAUGAAAUUCCAAAUCUAUUUUUUAC